GAUGGGGAACGAAAUAGAAUAGACACACAGCUAGCCUUUUAGCCCGGGACGAUUGAUGUGGAUUGGAUGGCUCGUGCACCAGGAAAUCCGAUCGGACCGUAAAUCAGACGGUCAGAGUUCGUUGGGGAAUCGGACACACACCCGGACAGCGCGAUGCAGGACUCGACUCCAUAUUGUGGAUAUCCGCCCAACUACUGGUACCCUGCUCCAGCCGGGCCGUACAGUAACACCUUCCCGCCCGGCACCGAGAUCAACGGACAAGCAGCGUACAAUCCACAGGGAAUCCCGGCGUAUCCAAACGGAGUCUACAACCCGGGUCAGUACCCACCGAACGUUCUCCACCCGUCCAAUCCGUUCUACUGCAGCGAUCAGAUCCCUCCUCCACGACAGCCGCAGUACCACAGUCAGGACCGAACCCCGGCCAGCUCUCCUCAGCCUCCGUACCCCGUUCCUCACUGCCAAGGGGCUCCCGGAUUCCCACCUGGAUCGUACCCACCCUAUGGAGAUGGCUGCCCCCCUAACGUCCCCUACCCCACCCAGCAGCCUGUACCCUCUCGCCCUCAACCUGAAUCCUGGCCUCAUUCUGCCUCAUACGGACCUCAAGCGCACUACCCCAACCACACACGACCUCCACACCCUCCACCCUGGCAUGGCCCCGCCCCACCUCCGUACGAUCACAUCAAGCACAAGGAACCACCAUAUCCAGGUCACCUGAACAACCGGAACCAACCAAAACCUGGACCAAGCACGCCAAACUCCAACCCCGCCCCCAACCCGCUUUCGAACAAACCAGUGGAGUUCAGUGCCCCACCUCAGAUCUACAACAAAACAUCCUCCGGAGGAGGAACCCAGCCCAAACCGGUACCACCGGUGCCGCAGCAGAACGACCCUCCUCCUCCUCCUCCGCCCACACCUCAGCCCGCAAACGGCGAUAACCUGGGCCUGGCUCGCGUGCAGGAGGUCCUGUCCAGGGUCCACCUUCUUCAGGAGGACGUCGACGAGUUUGUGGGCAGAAAGACGGAUAAGAGCUACCGCUGUCUGGAAGAGCUGCUCACCAAAGAACUGCUGGUCCUGGACUCGGUGGAGACCAACGGCCAAGACGCCGUGCGUUCGGCACGCAAAGAGGCCGUGCAGAAGAUCCAGAUCAUUCUGGACCGUCUGGAGAACAAGGCCUUCUAAAGAGCGCAAACUGAGCGAGUGUGUGUGUGUGUGUGUGUGUGUGUGUGUGUGUGUGUGUGAACGCAGCUUCCUUCUCUGCAGAUGUUCGUCUGUGUUAACGAUUCUGUUCUUCACGUCCUGAACACCUGCAGGACGUCAGGAUUAUAAAUUGUACAGAUUAUAACACACACGUUUCUCGAUCCAUCAGCACACACACUGCCAUCCGAUCACUCGCUUCUGCAUCUGUCGUCUGAUCUCGUCUAAUCUCAUUGACCUGCUGUUCCUCAGUAACUGAUCUGAAGAAUCUUUGGAGCCCAUCAGCUAUACGUUUUAGCCCCCCACACACACACGUGCUCACACACUCACAUCCAGCCAGACGUCUGCCUCCAUCUCGAGCAAGUUUCGUUUGUAGUAUUUGUUUUUUUUAAUUCGUUUAUGAAUUCAGACGGAGCUGUUUAUGUGAAAAGCAAUAAAUAAUUUAGCUUGUAA